AUGGCGGGAACAUCCCCAGGGGAUCCUCCCUAUCCGAUUGAGGGAACCUUACCAGCCUACAUGGCAACACGCCGUAACGAUGGAAUACUUCGUGUGCUAUUGCUCCGUGCUAAAGUAGUUAGAGAAUCGAAUGAAAAUGAUGUCAGUCAAACUCCAAACUCUCAAAUUAGUCAGCAAGUGGAGCAAGAUAGAUUGCCAUCAAACCCAUUCUUAAUUGCCCGUUCUAUCGAAGCUGUUAUCGGGUAUGAAAAUCGAUCGUUGGUAACCGCCACAAAAGAAGCACGGGGUACACGAUAUGUUCUCCGUACUCAGUCUCCCCAAGUGUACAAGGCUCUUUUGGAAAUGUCGCAUCUACUUGAUGAAGAUAAAACUCCAGUGGAAGUGGUUGAUCAUCCCAGGUACAAUUUUACAAAAGGGAUAGUAUACGACGUGGAUACCAUCAAAGUCCCAGAUCAAGAUCUUCUAAAUGAACUGAAGAACCAAGGAGUCACAGCCGUCAGACGGAUAACAAAAACAGAGAACAAAGUUGUUAAAAAUACACCGCUGAUAAUACUUACGUUCCGAGGAACAAUUCGUCCCGAUCAUAUAUUCUUUGGUUUCAUCCGCAUCAAUGUACGAACAUAUUACGACAAUGUACAAAUAUGCCGUAACUGUGCAGCUUACGGACAUUCCCCUAAGAAUUGCACAAGUGAAACGGUGUGCCUUACUUGCUCCCAAAGCCAUCAAACUCUGGAAAACCAACCUUGCCCCAAUCCUCCUUACUGCUGUCAUUGUGAAGGUGGUCAUUCUCCGGUGAGCAAAGUCUGUCCUGUUUUUCGGAAAGAAGAAGCAGUGAUACGUCUUAAAACUGAUCGGGGAAUUUCUUUCAUCGAGGCGCGAAAAGAAAUAGAAGAGUCGUCGAAGGCUCCUAGCUACGCCAGUAAAGUGCAAGGCCGUUUGAACGAUAGCUCCGAUAAAGACCGAGAGAUUAAAAUUCUUCGUGACGAGCUUGAAAAAAUUCGCGAGCAAAUGAAGGAUUACGUUGCACUAAAAUCGGAGCUCGAAGCCCUUAAGCAAAACAUCAAUCUUUCUGCACCAUCAACCAUUUAUCAAAAUAAAACAUCUGAACCAAAAGAAACACACCAGACUAAUACUUCGAACGAUAAAACUCAACAACUCGAAAAAACGCACAUCUCUCGGAAAGACUCGGGACCGAAACAAUCGAAAACAAAUAACCAACCAAAACCUCAACGAAUCUCGAAAAGCUACUCCCUAAAUUCUAUAAAUCGAAUCGCCACUAGAAGCAUGAGCAGAAAAAGAAAUUUGGAUAUAUCUCCCACAUCAACAGAUUCCGAUCUAAAGAGAUUUUCAACCUGCCCGGAACCUAGUCAAGAGGUGAUCAUAUCCACUGAUGACACCGAGAUGCUCUCUAGCGACCACGAAUAA